CUGGAACAGGAGGCGUCUAUGGGAUGUCGGUUGCGAUGUGUCUCUUAGCAUAUCAUACGAGACGAUCCUUCAUUUCAACCACAGGUGGAUGGCGAUUCGUGAUCAUGGCCUCAUUUCUACGACCGAAACCUUCGAAACGUGGCUGGCUGAAAUGCCAGCCGAAACUAUCUCACUCACUGAGUUGCAAUGUUUCGGUGUCCUGUCACUCGCAUCCUUCGACUGAAGCGCCAUUACGGUGGCUUUUGACGAAUUCAGCGACAGUGUUUUCCGUGGUUUGUCAGCCAGAGAAGUCAUCGACAGCAUCUUCUCAUCGGUACUUAUUGUGAAGACAGGCCCUCUCUGAUAUCCGCAUUCUAUGCUAUA